GAGCCACAGCGAGCCGCGGGGCCGGGAUGGACGCGGCCAGGAGGAGGAGGAGGAGGACAUGGAAGGGUGGCAGCAGCUGUACCCCGGGCACAUCCCCACCAGCCCGCUGCAGAAGGCGCUGCUGGCCGCCGGCUCCGCGGUCAUGGCGCUCUAUGACCCCUACAGACACGACAUGGUGGCAGUCCUUGGGGAGACCACAGGCUGCCUGGCCCUGCCAAACCUGCGAGACAAGAUGAAAAACCACCCUGAAGGUUACCGCAUCCUCCAGGAACGGCCUCGCAUCCGUCUGUCCACCCUGGACAUGGCCAGGCUGCAGGGGCUGCCAGAGGGCUCGCUGGGCCGGGAGUAUGUCCGGUUCCUGGAGGACAAUAAAGUUUCUCCAGACACGCGGAUGCCGCCCAAGUUUGUCGAUGAUGAAGAGCUGGCGUACGUGAUCCAGCGGUACCGGGAGGUGCACGACCUGAUGCACACCCUCCUGGGCAUGCCAACCAACAUGCUGGGUGAGGUGGUGGUGAAGUGGUUUGAAGCCAUCCAGACGGGGCUGCCCAUGUGUGUCCUGGGAGCAGCGUUCGGCCCUGCCCGGCUCAGCUCACGAAAGCUGCAGGUCCUGGCCACCGAGCUGGUUCCCUGGGCGAUUCGGAGCGGGCUCAGUUCCAGCUGUGUCCUGAACGUCUACUACGAGCAGCGCUGGGAGCAGCCGGUGGAGUCCCUGCGGGCGGAGCUCGGCAUCCUCCCUCCCCCGGCCGUGCGAGUGUGAGAGCUCCUGUGGGGAUGGCCCAGGGGAUCCCUGCUGGCAGCAGCAGCCCCAGGCACACCCCGAACCCUCCUGCCCUGCCCGGGGCACAGCGUGGCUGUAGCUCUUCCACCAGGGACCCGAGGGCUGUGUUUCCUCCUGCCAAGAGCUGGCUCCAGCCUGUUGGUAGGGGCCAACUGGCACCUCCCUGUGCUGUGACAAAAACUCAACCUGUUUGUGAUUUGGGUUGUGGGAUGUCAAGGUCAGAUGUGCCUUUGCCAGCUGGUCUGGCUGCUCAGCUCUCCCAGCAGCAGCAUUCCAGUACUGAUGCUCCCAAGUGCUGGGAUGGGGAGGGAGCACACUGCAGCAAAUGGAUGCCUUGGCCUUCUGCAGCCCCAGGGCUGUGCAGGUAAAUCCUUCCUCCCACCCUUCCCAUCCUGGGGAGAUUGAGGCUUCAAAUCUUGGGGCUGCCCUGGACUGGAGCUAAACCCAUGAUUUUCCAGAGGAGCACAGGGGCAGGUUUGGUGUGUGCAGUGGUGAAAUCCCAUUAUGUACUGGUGCCUGACUGGUCUCCUGUUGGGUCACACUAGAUGUGCCUCACUUCCUGCCUCAGAGACCAGGCAGUGUGUGAUUGUGCCCACAGGGCAGGCACAGAAAUACCUUUGGAUAUUUUCCCUCCUGGAUUGGCUGUUUUGAGAGCUGAUCCCAGUCUGCUGUGUCUUCCUGUAGUCCCUCCCAUCAAAAAUGAUGAAAUCCACAUGAUUGUGCUGGCUGUUCAGUAGGAAUCAUCCCUUCCUUGGGCAACAAAAUGACACAGUUGGGAUGAUGGGAUUGAAUCCAGUGGGUGCAGAAACAGCGGCUGCUGGUGCUGUGUCUGGGAGCUGGUUGCUGUCUGGGUUAAUUAAACUGUGCUCCAGACUGCCAGCAGCCAGGGAGCAGAGUUGCUGGAUGUGAUGGCAAAGAGCCACGAGGCCAGGGGCUCUUUGUUCAUGUAUGUUCGCUGUUGGAAUUCCUUCUUGUUUAAUAAAUCCACACUGGGGCUUGUAGUGCAUUAC